GCGGGGCUCCCGCCGCACGUGACCGGGCCACGGUCCCGCUGAGCGCCCGGCAUCCCCGCAGGCCCCGUGCCGAGGCCGGCAGUGUCUGUACCCCAGCCCUGUGCCCGCGGCCCGAGCCUUUCCACCGACACCAUGCCGGCGCUGCUGGAGCGCCCCAAGCUCUCCAACGCCAUGGCCAGGGCGCUGCACCGGCACAUCAUGAUGGAGCGGGAGCGCAAGCGCCAGGAGGAAGAGGAGGUGGAUAAGAUGAUGGAACAGAAGAUGAAGGAGGAGCAAGAGAGAAGGAAGAAGAAGGAAAUGGAGGAGAGGAUGUCCCUGGAGGAGACCAAGGAGCAGAUCCUGAAGCUGCAGGAGAAGCUGCUGGCCCUGCAGGAGGAGAAGCACCAGCUCUUCCUCCAGCUCAAGAAAGUCUUACAUGAGGAAGAGAAGCGGAGGCGGAAGGAGCAGAGUGACCUGACCACUCUGACCUCGGCCGCGUACCAGCAGAGCCUGACGGUGCACACGGGAGCACACCUUCUCAGCAUGCAGGGGAGUCCUGGAGGACACAGUCGCCCGGGCACCCUGAUGGCAGCUGACAGAGCCAAACAGAUGUUUGGACCGCAAGUGCUGACUACCCGGCACUAUGUGGGCUCAGCAGCUGCGUUUGCAGGAACCCCAGAGCACGGGCAGUUCCAGGGCAGUCCUGGUGGUGCCUAUGGGACCGCUCAGCCCCCACCCCAUUACGGACCCACCCAGCCAGCCUACAGUCCUGGUCAGCAGCUCCGGACACCAUCAGCAUUUCCUGCAGUGCAAUACCUCUCUCAGCCACAGCCACAGCCCUAUGCGGUACACGGCCACUUCCAGCCCACCCAAUCAGGGUUCCUACAGCCUGCGAGUGCCCUAUCCUUGCAGAAGCAGAUGGAACAUGCCAACCAGCCAACCAGCUUCUCUGACUCCUCCUCCUUGCGUCCAAUGCACCCCCAGGCUCUGCACCCAGCUCCUGGACUCCUUGCCUCCCCCCAGCUCCCAGUGCAGAUGCAAACAGCAGGCAAGUCAGGCUUUGCAGCUACCAGCCAACCUGGCCCCCGGCUGCCCUUCAUCCAGCACAGCCAGAACCCACGAUUCUACCACAAGUGACCACCAGAUAACAUCUUCAACCCCACUCUGUGUGAGGGUCCCUCCUGUGUGUCCUAGGCCAAUAAAAUCCACCUGCCACUGG